AUGGCUGCCGAAGGAGGGAGAGCCAAGCUCGUCACCCAGUCCGGGAUGGAGAACUUCCGAAAGGUGAGGACGUUGGAGCAGGAGAGCCCAUUACCCUUCCCUGACCUGCCCCCAGACGUGGUGCAGAUGAAAGUGAAGGAGGGCAGCAAGAUCAGGAACCUGAUGAACUUUGCCAUGGCCCAGAUGGAACUGAAGGGCAGCCGGCAGAUCGUCUUCAGCGGCUGCGGGCGUACCUGCGUGGAGAUCAUGAAGCGGAAGCUGGGAGGUCUCCACCAGGUCACCAAGGUAUGCUACAAAACCUUGCUGGAGGUCUGGGAGAACCAGGACCCGCUGCCCGGCGGCCCGGCGCAGAACCUGACUGUCCACAAGAACGUCCCCUCCAUCUGCAUCUUGCUCUCCCGAGACCCCCUGGAUCCCAACCAGACAGGCUACCAGCCCCCGGAGCCCCGUCACGGGCUGGGGACACAGCCCGGCGAGGCAGCAGGAGAAAACGCCUCAGGCUCCUCCACCAAGGGGCUGAAGCGGCCCCUGCCACCACCUCCCCGUGAAGAACUGCUGAACAAGAAGUUGCAGGUACAGGCACCCGGCAGCCCGAGGGGCUCGGAGACCACCAACCACCAACUGGACCACCACCACUGA